AUGGUUGUCCCGCUUUCCCGGGGUGUUUGCGAAAACCACACAGGUCUCGACUUCUGGUUCAACUUGGAGCCCAGGUGGAGGGACAGUGGAAAGUAUUCCACAACGUUAUUUACGGAAAGGGCACAGGAGAUUAUACGGAACAGGCGGAAGCCGCUAUUUCUUUACGUGAGCUACCAAGCGCCACAUGGUUCGGGAGGACCUGACCCUCUGCAAGCACCAGCUCGAAAUGUAUUAAAGUUUCCGUACAUAGGGGAAGCCAAGAGGACUCUCUUUGCAGGUAUGGUGGACACGGUGGAUCAGUCCGUAGGCCAGGUGUUCGAGACGCUCGAGGAAGCCGGUAUGCUUGACAAUGUGAUCGUGCUAUUCAGCAGUGACAACGGCGGCACACCGUUCGGCGAUCACUCUAGCCGCAGCUUCAACUGGCCACUGCGCGGUUUGAAGUUGUCGGUCUGGGAAGGUUCGACCAGGGUUCCCGCCUUCGUCUGGAGUCCCCUGCUCAAGGAGAGACGAGGGGUGUCCCACCAGCUGAUGCACUUAACGGACUGGUUCACCACCUUCUACAGGGUCGCUGGAGGCAACGUAUCGAACCUGGAGUACGUGGACGGACACGACAUGUGGGACUACCUGUCUAACGGAACCGGUUCCCCUCGUACCGAACUUGUGUACAACAUCGACACACUGUACCCGGAGGAAUCAUCUGUGGCGGCCAUCCGCAACUCGAGGUACAAGCUGGUACUCGAUGCCACGGGUGCUGGCAAUGCCCGCUUCCGGACGACCGGGGGACGUCGUCCUUUCAACGACCUAGACAAACUACUCGCCCGCUCCAAAGCGGCCGAGUCGCUGAGGAAGUUCUACAACACGGACCGCUUGACUUUCCCCAAUGACUGGAGGCAGAGGGCGACGCUUACCUGUGGCGCAGAAACUACCGAAAAUUUCUGCCCCGAUGACAAAGUAUUCCUUUUUGAUAUUGUCAAGGAUCCCUGCGAGCUCAAUAAUCUCGCAGAAGAGCACCCGGAGAUUGUAUCUACUUUGAAGAAACGUUUAGAUUAUUAUCGAUCAGUUGCCAUUCCACCUCGGAACAAAGCCAUUGAUCCUGCAAGCUUUCCCGAGAACCACAACGGAACAUGGGCCCCUUGGGUGGAGUCAUCUUAAGAGUCAUGUACGCGUUCACAAUAUGGGCGCGCUAUACUCAUUCAUUCACAAAUAAAGCGCUGUG